AUGGCUGCCAUAAGCCUUUCCCGGCUGAAGCUGCUAAACGAUAUGGCUCUUUUCCCACUUACAGUUUCAGGUUUCUCACGAUAUUUACAUUCUUCUAGUAUUAUCUGUUCUAGCUCAACUGUUUUUUCAAUGAAUAAUUUAAGAAUUGGCAGAGAAACAGCGUUAGGAGUCAGGCGUUUCAGUCUUCAAAGUUGGCUUGGUGAGUACUCUCAGCUGAACUUUUGAUCUGGCUAGUUUUAGUUAUUUUUUAAUUGAUCGAAAGUUAAUGGUAGCAAUGUGAAAUAUGUCUGAAUAAGCAGUUCUCAUUUAGGGGAUGCUCGAUAUAGUAAGUCAAUAGAUUAGCACCAUUGUUGUGUCGUUCUAUUCUGUGAAGUUUAUUAUGUUAUCAACAAAAUUAUUAUUUAUUUAUUAAUUAUGGCAGUGCAUAAAUGUGUAAGUGUUUGGGCUCUACCCAGAAGGUGGUGUCAAAGUUCAAGACAUUUCCUAGAACAGGGAAGCUAUUUUAUUAUAUUUUCUACAAUAAUUUUCUCUAGGAAUCAAGGCUUCCAUUCUGACAGAGGAGAAAAUAAACAAAGCAGAUGUAGGCUGCCCAAUCUGCAGUAGAGAUAUCACAUUUACUUACAAAGUAAGUUAGAAUAAUAAUAUUGCUAAUAGUAAUAUGAAGUAAAUAAUAAAUUCCAAAAGACAACAUUCAAAGAAUUAGCUCACAUCUUGCAGAGAGUAAUAUCAAUCAAGCAGUGAGAUAGAACCUUAGUCAUGAUUUGGUCCCUCCUCCCAAAGAGAAAGGAAUCCUAGUUUAUGAGAGUGAUAGGGGUGUAACGAUUCAUAUUCCUUGCGGUUUGUUUCGAUUUCGAUUAUUGCCUUUCGAUUAUUUUGAUUCGAUUAAGUAUAUGUUUCUUAAUUCUUAUAACAUAACGCGUAAUGUAAACAACAUGCAACCCUAAACCCUCAAUUUGAGAAUAGUAGCAGGGACAUGAGGAUUCACAGUCGCUUGAUUCAUCGCCAUGUUUGAGAACCUGACAAAGAGCGGGUCGCACAUAGUUUGCCUUAUUUGGAAAUUCUCAUGGGUUGGUUGAAGGACAGCAUUUUUACCAGGCAACACAAAAUGACACCCAAAAUUCUAUCAUCUUUGCUCGUCAAUCAUGCAUGCACAAUUUAAAGCGUUCUGGAUUCCGAUUUUACAAUCUAAUAACUCACUAAAGGCACCCUGGAAAAGGUGUGCAAUAAUUGAACCAAAAUCGAAACGUGGAAGCAAAGAAUCAUGAAUCGAACCAAACAGUCAUAAUCGCGAUUAAUCGUUACACCACUAGAGAUUGAAUAAUGAUAACAACAACAACAACAAUAAUAAUAGUAAUAAAGAUAAUAGCAAUAAUAAUAAUAAUAGUAACAAUGGUAUUAGUCACUGUGUACUAAUUUAUUCUUGUCCCAUAGGAUGUGCUAUUCUUGUCACAAUUUAUGUCACCAAGAGGAUACAUUCUCAAUCGAAGAGAAACAGGUACAUAAUUAUGUCUUAUCCGUCUUUGAAACCUGGUACUUUUUUCACAGUCAUUAGUUCCACAAUAAUUUUUGAGUUUGAUCACUUUCCAUUUUUUACAACUUUUCUUAACCAUUUUACUUGCAACAGUUUCCAAGCAAAAACCAGUCACCUUUACUAGGGCUGAUGCUGAGAAGGGUUUAUGGUUUAUUUCUAACAAGAUAACACUUCAGAAUUAAGAUUCUGUUCCAUCAUUUGUUACAGUGCAAAUACUGUAACUGGGCCCACUUAGACAAAGUUGACCAAUCAGAUUACAGGAAAAUAACAAUACAUUCCAAGAAAGUUGGUUGUGGGCCAGUCAGCAGCUUGUAAAAAAGCAAUAAGUUACCCAAAGCACAAAAUUAAUAUUGAUAGCAAGGAAAGCAAAAUGUUUCACCUGACAAUGUUUCUCUAUUCAAAACUUUGCAUACGAUGCCCAGGAGACAUAUUUCUUUGAUACAGGCUGUUAUUUUGUCAUCUACCAGGAAUUUCUUUGCUACUUUUGCUGCGGUUUGCAAUAACAUGCGACCACAAGCAACAAAUAUAACUAUCGUUUACGUUUUUUGCCUCCAUCAUUCACUCUAACAGUCCUCUCGGGAAACACAUGCUUUCUUCAGCAGGUUCAAAAGGUCACGUCUGUAGGGUGUAAUUGGUUGAUUUUGAUCCUUGUUGUUUAUUGGUAAUGUGGUAAUUAUGAUUGAUAACUAACUUUCUCGAAAUGUAUUGUUAUUUUCCUUUAAACUGAUUGGUCAACUUUGUCUAGGUGGCCCCAGUUAUAGUAGUCACACUGUAAUUUGUGAAAAAAAUUUGUUAUUGGAACAAAUUAAACUGAUCAACUUUGGUUAAAAUUUCUUUACAAGUUUCAAAUUAACCCAGAUUUCUUCAGGGUUUAGCCAUUGUUUGGAUUUUUUUUUCUUUACAAACAUUAUUUUAUACUUGUACCUCCAUGUAAGAACCUCUUUUAUCUUUUAAAAUAGUCUAUAAUGCCUCCUAGCUAGAUUAGCAUUUUAUUUAUUGUCUAGGUGGCUUAUACCUUACAUAAGUGGUAUUGUCUUGUUUCCUCUCUUUUUUUUUUGUGUGUGGUAUGAAAAUAAAGUUCAUGUCGUGUCUUGUCCUUAGUCCUCUCACCCCAAGAGUAGUAAACCCUAACUAAAACUUCAAGAAAAAAAGACAUUUUUUUAAAAAAAAUAGAUGUAUGUUACGCUUGGGUGUUUUGAGCUACCAAAACUGUAAGAGUCAUGGCAUUGGUGUUAACUUAGAGCAUGUUCGAUUGACGGUAUUCUGGAAUAAGAAUUCUAAAAAUCACUCUUUUGGCUUUUAUUGCUUUGCAAUAGCUAGAAAUCUGCCUGAAGUAAAAUAUUCCAACUGAAGGUAUGAAGCAUUUAAGUGGCCCAAAAAUCACAGUACAAGAUAUUUGCCUCAAAACUUCUGGUAUUAUUCCAGAAUAUGAUCAAUCGAAUGCACCCUUACAGUAAUUUUUUGGGGGUUAUGAGCUUACUUAGUUUAAUGGGUGUAAAUAUGUUUCAUAAUUUCGUUUAGUGAAUGUUGUAAAUUAGUGUUAAUAGUCAUUUUAUUUUGUAUAAAAGUAGCAUGGGGGUCUUGUCAUUGUAACUUUCAUACCCUCGUGCAGAAAUCCAAAACGCUUUGUAAGGAUACAGAACUUUGCAGGAUUCAACUGUACAUGUAACUUAAGGCAAGAAUAUUGACAGUUUUUGCAGCCAUGGACAGGGGCUGUAGUUUAGCAGGGUAUAUGUAUCAUGUGAUAAAUUUAAAUGAAGCAUGAAAAACACAGUUUAUUACUCUAAAAUUCUUUAUCAUUCACAUUCCUUUCUUAAAAAGGUGUUUGCAGAAAACAGCAGCGAAAGUUAGAGAAAGCAAUCAAGAUAUCACAGAGAUUAGGUAAACAAUUCACUUGGCAACACAUGUUUUGGCACUAAAUAGGCUGGUAUGUUCCACUGUGAAGGGUAUGGUUUUCAAGCAAUUCAGUGUGGGACAGGGUAUAGAAAUCAGAGAAUUUGGGUCUAGAAUGGGCUCCCAUUUUGCUGGAAACUGAUCAGUUGGCUGUGGAUUUUAGUCUAGACUAGAGAAACCAGCAAUUCACACUCCAAGAAAAUAUAAUUGGCAAAUUGAAAUAAUUACCAGCAACUCUGUUUAAUGGCAAAGAAAGCAUAGACCUAAGUAGUUUCUUGAAAAAAGCAACCCUAAGACAGGGACAGAUUUUGGAAGUUUGAUGUAAGUUGAGAUCUCUAUUCAAAUGUUCUUAAAGCAUACCCGAAUGACUGACGGCAAUCUUUAUCGAAAAAAAAACCGCCACAACUGUCAGUAGCCCUAAAUAGGCUUCUGAAGGUGUUAAUUGCAACAUAAAUAAUCAGUAUUCUGUCAAGGCCACCCUUCCCCCCUGAUUGGAGGUGGAAAUCACUUGGGUCCAUAUAGGAGAUAGCUGGUAUGCUCUUCGUCCCUGUUCAUGGUAGGAGUGUUUGUUCUAAUAUGUAUACUUGCCUGGAUCCAUCUUUUGAACUGCUCAACUAUUUCCAUGCUUUCAUUCUAAGGAUUUUUCUUCCCCCCGCGGUAAUACAAUGUCAAAUGAAAUCUAAGGGGGAGUUUUCAGGGCAAAAGACUCUUAGGUGCAUCCUGUCCCAAACUUUUCCUAUUUUCAGUAACCACGGAGAGACAUCUGACAUCUCUGACAUCUAGCAAAAUUUUUUACCAACUGCAGUUUGUGUACCACUAACACUACCACUAGGUGGACUUCUUGGCCUGUACUUUCACCUUCAGACACCCUUUUAGGGCUAAAUCCCACCGCUGAAAGAUUGUGGCUUUGAAAUGUUGAUACAAGAACAAUGAAUUAUAGAACCCUUGUCUGUUAAGAGCAGCGCCAGUGAAAAAUGAAAUCAUCAGCCAAUCUCUGGAAUGCAAAGAUUUCCAAAAGAUCCUUAAUAUUGGUAGCUUACACAUUUUUUAAUCACAAGCUUUUUAAAUGGAUAUUUUUUGCAGCCCUUUGAAUUUUGUGUGUUAUUUUGAGGCAUCACCUAGUUGGACGUUGUAUUGUAACUUAAAUACACAUAAAUUGCAACGCAAUGUCUGAAAGACAAAUUUUUAUGAAAAGGAUACUGUGAGACAGUCAUUUUUAUGAUUACAUAUUUAUUUGAUAGGUCUUCUCCCGAAACUGGCCCCCGCACUACAGAAAGAAUUGGCGGAAAGAAAAUUGGCUGAGAAGAAGAUGAAAGUUGAGAAACAAAAAGCCUAAUCCUGGACAAAACUUCCAGUGGAGAGAUUAAUCUACUAUGACAAGGCAAUUCAGACUUGAGGGUUAUUUAACCUCAAAGUGGGACGCUUUGCUAUUCUAGGAUCAUCUGACAGCAAAAAUAAGAUCAAUUUAGUAUGUGCGGCUAUACACGUGAGACAUCAGAAUAGCUCACGAGAUUCAUUCAUUCAUUCAGUCAUUUUUAUUGGUUAAUCCAAAUUUACAAUUUUAUUUUCCCACUACCCACAAACAGCAAAGGCCAGUCUAGGUGGGCAGUGUCUCUAUAAAAAACAAACUACGCACUCCAAAUUCAUUAAUUCACAAGUAAACAAAAGUUUGAGUCAAUGCAGUAUGCCACUCCAGUUGCCACUCUACUUCUCUUUGUGGGUAGAGGCUUGGUUUGGUGCAGUGCACUCUCUGAAGGUUUUUGCAGGUCUUCUGUCGUUCACUCUGGUUUCCUUUUCCAACUUUCUAAGCUCAAAGAAUAUUUUUAUUUGUUUUAUAGGUCAACUACGUCGAGACCUCAUUAACCCUUUAAGUCCCUAUGGUGACCAACACCAAUUUUCUCCUAACGAUGUCCAUACACUUUCAAGAGAUAUGGUUAUGAGAAUUGGUAAAAUGAUCACCAAAGUGAAAUUGCAUUGAUCUUUUAUGAAAUUCUCUCAACACAUUCUUUAAAGAAAUGUAUGGAGUUCAGUUUGGAGAAUUUGUAUGUGCAUAUUGGGGCUCUCUGUCGGUUAAGUCGUGAUGUUAUUAGAGAGUUUUAGAACAGGCUUUAGAAUCACGUUCAGGGCAAACGAAAAAAAACCAAUUUGCCCUUUGUGGUCAAGUUAUGUAUCCCUUUACAUUUCUUGUACUAUUCAUUGUAAUUACAGUCAAUUCCUUUUAUAACAGACACCGUACUGUAGGGACCUUGAGUCAGUGUCCACAUUAGCGAGAAUCCGUAAUAGCGGGAGUUGUUUUUCAGUCAAACAUCUUUAAUUUAUUUUUGCUUUGGGAUUUAGCUGCUCUCCGUAUUACAGGGGUGUUCGCAAGGCGAGAGUUAACUGUUUCUACUCAAAAAUAAGCAUUUUCAUGUCAGAUUCAUCCGUAGCAAUUCUUUUGAACAGUUUUUAUACACUCAUUUCCUAAUGCGAGAAAUCGCAACACGAAUCUGCCGUUUGCAUUAACCGUGAUUCUAAAUCUCUCUACUGUCCGUACAGACUCUUAACGUGAUUGAAUGGUGAAAGUAUUUGAGUCAUUGUAACAGUCGUGAAUCGGUUUUCUCGGUUCGAAUAAAUCGUCUACAUCUGUUACCCUUGACGAUCUUUGGAUGGCCUGUUAUCAGUCUAAGUCAAGCAGCAACGAUACCAAAAGGCUAAUUAA